AUGGAGGAUGGUGACUCUGCGGAAGAAGCAUCUCCAUAUCAAUUGUACACAUUGCCAAACAUUCAAUUCAAGUCAUUAUGGAGCAGUCUGAUCUAUGAUGAUCGUAUCAAGUCCAAUCUACUCCAAUACCUCUCAACAAUAGUCUUAUUCUCCAAACAUGAUGUUGAUUCAAACAUUGUAUCACAUAACAAGAUCGUCUUGUUGAAUGGACCACCUGGCACUGGAAAGACAUCAUUGUGCAAGGCAUUGGCACAGAAGAUAUCAAUUCGAUUCAAUCAUAUAUUCCACAGUUCAGUAUUGAUAGAGAUCAACUCUCAUAGUCUAUUCAGCAAGUGGUUCUCAGAGAGUGGAAAGUUGGUGAUGAAGGUUUUCGAUCGUAUUAGAGAGACGGCAGAGGAUAGCGAAUGCUUUGUGAUCGUACUCAUUGAUGAGGUCGAGAGUUUGACCGCUGCCCGCAAGGCUGCACUCUCUGGAGCGGAGCCAUCUGACUCCAUUCGAGUGGUCAAUGCAUUCCUAACUCAACUGGAUCGUCUCAAGACAUACAAGAACGUCAUUAUCCUGACAACAUCAAACUUGGUUGGAGCUGUUGACAUUGCAUUCAUAGACCGUGUGGAUAUCAAACAGUACAUUGGUCUGCCAUCACUUCAAGCACGUGCAGUAAUAUUCCGAUCAUGUAUUGAUGAGUUGAUCAAGAAGGGUUUGAUGAAGGGUGGCCAUCAGGGCCAUGAUCAAUCACUUCAAGAAGUAGCCAAGCUUGCUGAAGGUCUAAGUGGGAGAUCACUGCGCAGAAUACCAUUCCUUACCUUCUCAAACAUGUAUUCCAAGUCUGCGCAGAGUGUACAGUAUAAUGAAUAUAUGGAUGCAAUGAAGAGUACAUUGGCUUUGGAAUUGGCCAAUACUAGUAAAAUAGAGAAGCUAUAA